CAAAUGGAUGGACGGUCCCUUCAGUCUCUGCUCAGUGCUGGGGUUUUCAGUCUCCUCAUCUGUUUUAGUUCAGCUCAGCCUCAGCUGAUUGGUUCUGCUCAGCCAAUAGAGGUCGUACCUGGUGAUGAUGUCAUUUUACCAUGUCAUGUGGAACCUGUCCAGGAUGUUGUUGCCAUGACGAUAGAGUGGUCCAGACCUGAUCUGGAUCCCAUGUUUGUUUACUUGUGGCGCGCUCGUCAGGACAACACAUACAUGAAAAACCCAAUGUACACAGGACGAACGUCUCUGUCUGUGGAUGAACUGAAGAAAGGAAACAUGUCCCUGAAACUGACCAACGUCCAACUGUCUGACAGAGGAACAUACACAUGUUUGUUUCUAGCAAACAAUCUGGAAAUGUCAGUGGAGCUUAUUGUUGCUCCAGCCACAUCCUCUAAACCCGUCGUUAAACUGGUUGGAAUCGGCAAACCCAGUGGGUCAGUGGUGUUGGAGUGUAUGUCAUCAGGCUGGUAUCCAGAACCUGAGGUGUCCUGGAUGGACUCUGAGGGACACCUGGUCUCUACUGGACCUCCAGAGACAGUCAGAGGUCCUGAUGACCUCUAUACUGUCAGCAGCAGAGUGACUGUGGACAAGAGACACGGCAGCACAGUCACCUGUAGAGUCCACCAGGACAGGACCAACCAGACCAGACAGACCUGGAUCAGGGUCUCAGAUGAUUUCUUCAUGGUUCAGUCUGUCUCCAGUCCCAUCAUAACGGGUUUGUCUGUCACUUUGGCCUUUUGCAUCGUGGUUAUUAUUGCACUAAUAACCACAGGUUUAUGGUGGUACAAAAGUCUCAAUAAAAACGGUAAGUAA